UAAAUAGUCGCGCUCGUAAUCGAUAACGCCGCCACUAUCGAUUUAUAUCAUUCAUCAGUUUUGUCGACUGUGAGGCGGAAAAUAAAGAUACGUUACUAUAUGUCAUUCAAUUGCAGUUAGUCCAUUUUUCUCAAUAAACAAUAUCUAAUAAUAAUUAAUGAUAAUUAUUCUAAGAACAUGACUAAGGGAGUGAGUUAUUUUGUGCGUAAUGAUUGCAAUCAAAAUCAAUAUCAAAAUUUAAGUAACGAAUGCACGCACCAAAAUACACCGACAACAAUAACAACUACAACAAAAUCACGGAUUAUCAUUAACUUGAUUGUAUUCAGUAUUAUAUCAGCACUUUUGUUCCUUUUUCCAUUUUGGAAUUUCCUUCACUAUGACGGAGAAAAUAUUUCUGUAUUUUCUUUUAAUACGGAAAAAACACUUUUUCGAACUUCUGAUAGAUUUUUAUCCUUCGGACUUGAUACCUCCUUGUUGAGGAAUAUGAAAGAACUCCCCUUAAUGGAUGAAAGGUUUAUUAAUUUGGCGCGACAUUUGAAACCUGCGUUUGUUAGAGUUGGAGGAACAUCCGCGGAUUGUUUAUUUUUUAAUAAGACUCUUACAACAUCUGCACAAAUAAUAAGUCCCUUUGAUGGUCAAGAUAUUAGUAAUUUUACUAUUACUGAUAAAGAUUUUGAAUCGUUAUACAAAUUUGCAAUAGAAUCUGAAUUAAAGAUGCUUUUUGAUUUGAACGUAUUAAUCAGAUAUCCGAAUGGUUCGUGGGAUGAUACUAAUGCUCAAGAUAUUAUUUCAUUUGCGAAACUAUCUAAUAUGGAUCUAGAUUGGCAAUUAGGAAACGAACCGAAUUCAUUUUACCAUGUAUUUAAUAGAAUGAUAACAGCUGAGCAAUUAGCAAAAGAUUACUUUCAACUCCGCAAUCUAUUAAAUCAAUUAGGUUUCCAAAAAAGCUUGCUCGUUGGGCCAGAAGUAAAUCAUAUUGAUGAUUCAAACAAAGGACAAUCUUAUGCAGAAAUAUUUAUGAAAAAUGAUAAAGAUAGUAUUAAUUAUGUUACUUGGCAUCAAUAUUAUCUUAAUGGACGAGAAGCUGAAGUUAAGGAUUUCAUAAAUCCUUUAACUUUCUACUAUUUGCCAGUGCAAAUUGAAAGCAUGUUGAAUACUAUUAAACAAUCAAAAAAAUCUAUUUCCAUGUGGUUGUCUGAAACUAGUUCAGCAUUUGGUGGUGGAGCUCCAGGCCUUUCGGAUAGAUACGUCGCAGGAUUUUUAUGGUUGGAUAAAUUAGGGUACAGUGCUAAAACAGGUGUAAACGUUGUUAUAAGACAAUCCUUAUUUGGUGGAAAUUAUGCUAUGAUCGGGCCAGAUCUUUUACCUAAUCCAGAUUGGUGGAUUAGUGUAAUAUACAAACAACUUGUAUCAGAUAAAGUAUUAGAAGUAACUUCACCUACACCUUUCAAAUAUGUCAGAAUUUAUGCUCAUUGUACUCCAAAAAUAUCUUUGAUUAAUCGUGUUACUGCAAUUACUAUAUUUGGAAUGAAUCUAAAUAAAUCUCCAUCUAAAAUAAUGAUUCAAGGAAUCUUUCAUAAAUUAAAUAAAAAUGCAAAAAUAUUUUUAUACAAUAUUACGUCUGAUCUUCUAACUUCAAGAAACCUAUUUCUGAAUGGAGAAAUAUUGAAACUAGAAAGCGAUGGUAAAUUACCACCUUUCAAACCUAUCAUUUUGAACCCUACACAAUUUAUUACUUUACCACCAUUUUCAAUAGUAUUUAUGGUAAUUCAUGAUAUUGAUGCUCCUGCAUGUAUUUCAUAAUAUGACGAUAUAACGAUUUUAUUUAAUAUUAUUACUAUUAUUAUUAUUACUAUUAUAUUUAUAUAUUACAUUUUUCUAAUGAAAUAAACAUUUAUGACAAAUAAUAUUAUACGAAUGAACAACAUUUUAUACUCAAAUACUUUGUAGAAGCUAUUAAGAGAAUUUUUUUUUAAAUUAAAAAUUUCAAUAAAACAUUUGUGAUCUAUUGUAAGACAUGCGUUAAGAAUAUUUCAUCUUGUGAAAUGUAUAUAUCUGGAUAUAUUAAA